AUGGCAGGUGAAGCCCACAACAGCUCUGGGUUGCCUCGCUUCAUCUUGACAGGACUGCCAGGGAUGGAGACCUCUCAGCAUUGGUUGUUUCUGCUCCUUGGCAUCCUCUACACCAUCUCCAUAGUGGGCAAUGCCCUGACUUUCAUCAUCAAAGAAGAACAGAGUCUGCACCAGCCUAUGUACUACUUCCUGUCUCUGCUGUCAGGCAAUGACCUGGGCGUGUCUUUCUCCACACUGCCCACAGUCCUGGCUGUGUUUUGCUUCCACUUAAGAGAAAUCAGUUUUAACUCUUGUAUGUCCCAAAUGUUCUUUAUCCACCUCUUCUCUUUCAUGGAGUCUGGGAUCCUGCUGGCCAUGAGCUUUGAUCGUUAUGUAGCCAUUUGUAACCCACUGCGCUACUCCACAGUGCUCACUGAUGCCCGGAUGGGUAUGUGCGUUUUCCUUCGAAGUCGUUGCAUGAUUUUUCCAUUACCUUUCCUCCUGAAGAGGUUGCCCUUCUGCAAGGCUAAUGUGCUUUCCCAUGCCCACUGCCUUCAUCCAGAUCUGAUUCGCCUGCCCUGUGGUGAUAUCACCAUUAAUAACAUAUUUGGUCUCUUCAUAGUCAUCUCUACCUUUGGACUUGAUUCUGCUCUCAUUCUCCUCUCUUAUGUGCUCAUACUUCGCUCUGUACUGGCUAUUGCCUCCCAUGAAGAAAGGUUAAAGACCCUAAAUACGUGUGUGUCACACCUGUGUGCUGUGCUAAUCUUUUAUGUGCCCAUGGUAGGUGUGUCUAUGUUUGCUCGCUAUGGGAGGCAUGCCCCACGGUAUGUGCAUACACUCCUGUCUCUUGUAUAUCUUUUUGUUCCUCCAAUGCUCAACCCUGUUAUCUAUUCCAUAAAAACUAAGGAGAUUCGUAGAAGGCUUUCCAAAAUCCUGCUGCAGACCAAGUUUUGA